AUAUUAUCUAUCGAGCAAUUAUGUUUGCCGGUCAAAGUUCUACAGGGGAAUCCAUGCAACACUGCGGAUAUUCUCAUUACGAUACGAUUAAUCCAUCUGUUUACAAUAUGAAUUAUAAUCUGAAUGUAUAUCACAAUUACAUCUGUCCAAUUGAUACAUCCGAUAAGACUGCCACGUCGAUGUCUAAUACAGAAAACCGAAGAAUCGAUGAAAGAAACAUUGAGCAUUUUCUCCAAGAAACUGAUCAGUCAGAUAAUAAAAAUGAUCAGAGAAAUACAUGGAGAAGAUCAAAAAUUGCAUAUGCAAAAAAUGCUAUAACGUCGAUAUAUAAAUUAAACGAAAGAUUGAAGAGAAAUUGUGCAGAGCUUCAGAAUUAUCAAAAUUUAACGGAAGAGGAAUGGCAAGAGAAAAUGAGUGUUUGCAGUGCGGCGAAAGAAGAGAUUCUUAAACUGUUGGAGCCUAUUAAGAGCGAAAGUUGCUUGAAGCAAUUGAAACGAGAUUUGGAAAGACGGAAGAGAAAAAGAUUGAGGGAGAAAGUGAAAAAAGAGAAAUGGAAUAUAGAGAAAUUAGCGAGAACGGAAAGAAGAGCAAGAAUGCACGCACAGAUCGAUUCCUGGAUUAGAAAGGAACAGGCUGUAAUAGAGAAAGAAAGGCAAGAAGAAAAUUUACGAAAAGAUGCCGACAUGGUUCUUUUCGACGUUAGAGGGAAACGAAGCGAUGCUAAGAAGUAUCUUGGCCUCCUACAGGAACUAAAAAAUUUACGGAACGUAAAAGUAAACAUUGCCAGAGCAAGGGGGGAACAUUUAUCUUCGGCAGCCGACGAAGCGUUCAAUAACAUACUUGAGAAAUUAACGGAACAGUGGUCGAAACUCGAUCGGGAAUAUUCUAUAGAAGAACAGGGUUUGAAAUUGAUGUUAAAAACUGACAACGAAGAGAGAAUUGAAAAACAGACGAGAAGUCUUUUCGACGAUUGGGAGAAAGUAUUGUUUGGGAAGAAGAUAUCCGAUCAGUGCAAUAUGGAUUUAACUAAUUUCGUUGCUAUAAGAACUGCCUGGGACAAAUACAUCAGCGCGGAGGACGAUGCAUCGGCGAUACCAAUUGGAUGGGUAAUGCCUAUUAAACCAACUUCUGCUGCAUGGCAAAAGUGCCUCAGAAAAGAAAUUUCAUAAGAAUAAUUGUUUUCGAUGUACAUCUUAAUACCUACUUAAAUUUCGAGCAUGUAUCAGUCAGUUUUAAUUUUAUUAAAGUGCAUGAAAAAUA